GACAACUACAAGCCUGCAACAACACUGCCAUAUUGUUUGUUUUUUGCAAUGAAAACGGAGAACAAUCCUGUGAUAUUUCUUGCAUGAACAGAUUGAUAAGUGGUCAUCUAUAACACGAGCCCUGAAAGGUUCUCUUGGAGCUGUUCAACUGGGCAGCAUAGCAAUUUGAACUCUUGUAAGUAUAGCAUAUUGAACUGAAGAUGAAGGACCGACUGGAACAACUUAAAGCGAAGUCGGAUCAAACUCCAGAUGAUGUGGAAGUUCCAGUGGAAAGUAAGGAAUUUAUGGAUGACUUCUUUGCCCAGAUUGAGGAAAUCCGAACCAGUAUAGACAAGAUUGAUGAGAAUGUGGUUGAGAUAAAGCGACUGUAUUCUGUCAUCCUCUCUGCACCUACAUCAGAACAAAAGACGCAGGAUGAAUUGGAGGCAGUCACCAAUGAGAUAAAGAAACUGGCCAACAAUGCUCGCAACAAACUCAAAAGCAUUGAGCAGAGUUUGGCAUCUAAUUCUGAGGAAAGAGUUUCAGCAGAUAUACGGAUAAAGAAAUCUCAGCAAGCCAUUCUUGCCAAGAAGUUUGUGGAGGUGAUGACCAAAUACAAUGAGGCCCAAAUGGAGUUUAGAGAGAAGAGCAAAGGGCGCAUCCAGAGACAGCUGGAGAUUACUGGAAAAGCCACUACUGAUGAGGAAUUGGAGGAAAUGCUGGAUGGAGGGAACGCAGCAGUCUUCACAGCAGGGAUUAUGGACUCUGGCAUCUCAAAGCAGGCACUAAGUGAGAUUGAGGCAAGACACAAAGAUAUUAUGCGACUGGAGAGCAGCAUAAAAGAGUUGCACGACAUGUUUGUGGACAUUGCUAUGCUGGUGGAGAAUCAGGGAAGCAUGAUUGAGAGGAUUGAGAGCAACAUGGAUCAGUCGGUGGGCUUUGUGGAAAGAGCUGUGGCUGACACUAAAAAGGCAGCCAAGUUCCAACAGGAAGCACGCAGGAAGAAGAUGAUGAUCAUGCUGUGUUGCACAAUUCUUGCGAUCAUCUGUGGUGCUCUUGUGUAUAGCUGGCUGACAUAAGCUUUCUGCAAGGUGAAGAGGUUAUCUACUCCUCCAAGUCUCUGUCAUCAAUCAAGAGAAGUAUCUUAGUACCAGUGAGCCAUAAGCCACCAUGCUUUUCAGUGCUUGUUUAACUCAAUUUUUCUUUUUGUCUUUUUCCUCAUUUUUAGUUCUCCUUAUCUAUUGGCCUUGCUGCAAAUGUGAUGUGCAAGCUAUCUGUUAAUUUUAUAAAGGGUAUUGACAUGAAUAAUGCUUUUAUUGACAAUUGUUUUCAGGGAAGUCAUGAUAUAAUUCAUAUGUGAGGAUACACAUAAGAGAGAAGUUUUGCGUAUGAGGCCUCAUUUUUGUAACUGAUUAUUGAAUCAUUAUAUACUUCUACUAUUUAAUAUUUUGUGCCCUCUUAGUCUUUUCUGAAAAAAUAAAAAAAUCUUAAAGCUUUUUUAAAAUCAUGUUUAAGCAGUCUAAAUUACGUAUUUCACGAUUUUCAAAGAGGGGUUCCAGUCAUUACUUAUGAAUGUAAUGCUGUAGAGUAGCAUAGAGUUGACUGUAUUUCUUAUGUUUAACAGAAAAUUUUAUCUUAUGUCAAUGAUAAUCAUAGAAUAGCAUAUUAUGGAGGCAUCUCAGAUUAUUUAGAGACUUAUUUCAGUUUGAUUGUGUCAUUAAAAGACCUGUUCUGUACAGA